UCCUACUGGGAUCUAGAACCAUCGCGAUAGCUCGAAACGUGCUGCUCGAAUAAAUGUGACGCGUGCGCGGUGUGGCAUCUGCAUCGUUUGUGUGCGUGCCUACGCACGUGUAACGUAUAAUCGACCGCAUUUUGGCGUCACGGAAUUCCAGGGUUUUGCGAUUAACGUAUCAAGGAUGAAUCAGGACGCGAAUCAUCAUCUAGGCGUUUCAUAACCAUGCCUUGAAAACGACGCAAUUUUGCUCUGUCUGUAUUUUUUAUUUUAAUAUUUUUUGAUCAGAGAAUUUUUAAACAAUUUUUUCUGACGUAAACAUUCAUGGAUCCGGGAAUACUUUCCAGAUUGAUUCCUCAGAACAAGGAGCACGUACGGCCCGCCUGCAAAAAAUGCGGAUACGCCGGACACUUAACCUAUCAAUGUCGCAAUUUUAUCAAGAUCGAUCCCAACAAAGAGAUUGUGCUGGAUGUCAGUAGCACGAGCUCGGACAGCGACGAGAAUUAUGUAACUCCGUUGACAGAAUUACGCGAACGUGAGUUGAAGAAGAAGCUGAAGGAGGCCAAGAAAAAGCGCAAGGAGAAGAAAUCCAAGAAGAAGCAUAAGAAACGCGAGAGCUCGGACAGCAAUGACAGCGAGUCCGAGUCAGAAGCAUCCAGCGAGGAGGAAAAGAGGCACAAGCGUAAGAAGAGAAAGAAGAGCUCUAAACACAAGAAGCAUAAAAAGCACAAAAAGAAUAGUUCAUCCGAGAGUAACGAGGAUAGCGAUAAAAAAUAAAUCGUGGUCGUAAAUGAUCAGAGACAAUUCUUUUGAUUGAAUCCAAUUAACGUUCUGUCAUUAAAUAUUAAAUAAUUCA